AUGGGUCCCGAUCACGGUGUCCUCGGGGCGACCUUCAAAGCCACACGAGUUCUUCAGAUGGUAUCGAUGAUCGCUGUCAUUGGCAUCACGGCCAACUUCAUUUCUGAAAUGGUCAGCGCAGGUGCAACUCCGCCAUCAGUUAUAGUUGCGAUCCUGAGCAUCGUCUGCAUUGCCGUGCUGUACUGCGCCAUCACCGUCAUUCUUUAUUUCGAUGGCAUCCUUCCUUUCCUGAUCAGCUCCGGCAUCGACGCUCUUUUCCUGAUUGCUCUUAUUGUCGUUUCAGUCGUGGUAGGAAAGCCGCUUUCCUAUCUCAACUGCACGGUCCUUGACGAAAUCUCGAACGCCACUUCAAGCGCGUAUGACUUUACUUCGGCACUCGGCAACAGCCUGAACAAAAGUGGUGUCGUCAAUUAUUCCCAAUGGAUCGGAACUUCAAAAGCCACGUGUCUGGAGAUGAAAUCAAUCUGGGGGUUAAGUAUUGCGCUCUGCAUUCUGUUCACUUUCUCAGCCGUGAGUACUGUCUGUCUCUGGAAGAGAACCAAGCAAGCUCCUGCCGACAAAUCCGAAGCUUAA